UUUUCCUUUCCUUUUUUAUUGAGCUAACAUUAAUAUGCUUAAUUUAAGGGAGGGGAGGCAUUUAACAUGUUUUUAUUUUAAUAUAUUUUAGCCUUUUGAAUACGAUAAAAACGUCUCUAAAAAGACAGGAUUUUUAUUUAACAUUGGGGGGAUAUUAUAAGUACAAUAUAUCUCUAUCUAUCUCUCUCUCUCUCUAGAAAAUUUCUCUAGUACACUGUUUGAGGAUCCCAGUGGAUUGGUGUCUUAAGAUAAACAUGAACAUGAAGCUUUUAGAUUUGUGGAUGGAUGUCCUGCUGAUAGUGAGAUGACUGGUUGAUGAGACCACCAUAUUCAUUUCACUCCUAAAUUAAUGCGGGGCUCUAAUAGGGCAUCCCACCAAUCAAUCAACUUCAAAUUCCUCCUUCGAGACAAUUAUAAGAGGGAGGAGAGAUCAAUGCCAUUCUAUACCAUAAAGAAAGAUAUUUUAUUAUGGAACAUCAUUUUGCAGAUUGGUGUUUUGAUCAAGAAACCUCCAUUCCUAUAGCUGCUGAUCAUUUGGGCUCAAUACCCUUUGGUGAAGACAGGUCAUUAAAUGUCUUGAGAAGCCACAGGCAAGCGGAGAAGCGUCGAAGAGAUAGGAUCAAUACCCAGAUGUCAGCUCUUCGAAAGAUGGUUCCUGAUUCAGAUAAGAUGGAUAAAGCAGCCUUAUUAGGGAAUGUGAUUGAGCAAAUUAAGGAUCUCAAGAAAAAAGCAACCGAAUGCAUCAGCAAAAGCCUCACAGUGUUGCCAAUGGACACCGACGAAGUGACAGUAGAUUUGUUUCUAGACGAAGAAGCCGAUGAUCCUUCGAGUGAUCAAAUUCAAAACCCAGAAAGCUUUCUGAUAAGGGCGUCGCUAUGCUGCGAUGAUCGGCCUGAGCUGUUUGGAGAGCUGAACCAGACACUGAAAAGUCUGAAUCUGGUUACAGUAAGAGCUGAUAUUGGUUCAUUAGGGGGGAGAGUGAAGGGCAUUUUAGUCCUUUGCAGGAGUGGAGAAACAAAAGGGAUAGUAGACAAUUGCUGUUUGAAUAGUAUUAAACAAUCAUUGAAAGGGGCUUUGGGUAAAAUUGCUUCAACUUCUUCAAUGGCGUCCAAUUAUAGUAUCAAGAGCAGGAGACAGAGGUUCUUCUUUCCUGAUUCUUCUUCUCAAUGCUCAACAAAUUACUAUUCUCAAUAUUGAUCUUUUCAUGGCGUCUGACAUAUAUAUAUAUAUAUAAAGAGUUCGAUGAAUUUUCAU